UGGGGCCCCGUACAAAAAAAAGGUAGCGGAAGUGCGGUGAUGUCAUUUCCGUUGCGCGAAAACUGAACCUUUGGCGCCUCAGAUCAUCGCGAAGAUGACUUCAAACACUGAAUUAACACCGUAGCUAGAUACUUCUGUCAGAGGAGUCAGUAAUCUGCAGGUUGUGGAGAUGCACAGUCGCUCAGAAUGAAGCAGAGUAAACUCUGCUCGGGUCGCUGAUGAGCGUGUCCUCCGUUGUCAACGUCCGUCGAUCCGUUAGCUAAACAACUAAUUCACCUCCACUGGACGAGCUGGCUGUAGGGAACCGGGAGCGAAGACACUUAAAUUCACAAACCAGUGUGUGGUUCAAUCAGAGUCACCAUGAACAGGACCAAACUGAAGAAGGCGCCAGGAGGGCAGAAGAACAUCUCCUCCUUCUUUUCCUCUCAGAACCACAAGCAGGACUCAUCUUCCCCAAAAUUAUCCGUCACUGGCGCAGCACUCAAAAAAACUGAACCUCAGGUCAAAUAUGGCGAAACCUCAACAUUCAGACCUCAUUCCCCCUUAAAGAGGAGUAUCCUCGGGGACCUCGAUAACUUCCUGCCUUCGUCGCCGGAUCUUCCCCUCGCUGUGCCCGAGACGCCUAAGAGUCAGAUCAGGCAUGCUUCGUCUCCUUCUUCCAGCCUGGAGAAGCUCAACCAGCUGUCCCCCAUCUGCCGUAGCCCCCGAUCCAAAGGGCAGAGUGUACGGAGAGGUAUGAUCGAGGAUGGAGGAAAAACCAAGGGGGUAGAGGGAUGUUCCAGCUCCAUAAAAAGACUCAUCAGCCCUCCUCAAGAGUCAAACAAUGCCAAGAAACCAAGAACUAUCAAUUCACCGGCAAAAAGAACACUACUCAGCCCAACAAGUGUCAACCUGAAAGUUACCAGACCUAUGAUUGGCCCUCUGAAGACAUCUCAUUUCUCCAGGAAGGAGCCAGAAGGUCACAGCAGAGGUACUGAAGUUGUCUCCAAUGACAACAGAAACAAAAUGUUGUCACUGAAGUCUGUCUGGAAGAGAGACAUGAAAGAGGGAGCAAAAAACGGGAACGAUUCUGGUUUUACUGUGAUAACAGAGCAGAAGGCAACUGAGGCUAAAGCCAGUGGAAACCCACACACUCAUUCAGGUAACACUCUUACUGUGCACACGCACAAACCUGUCGCACAAACUAUCACACCUGCUACGCACACAAGUGGAGAGAUGGACCUCAACAAGAGAGGAGCUACAGGAACAGCAAUGACAUCAUCAAAUGGAGACGAAGACAAUGCGACAUCAUCAGAUCAGCGGCAAGCUGGAGGAAUGACGUCAGCAUGUCCUGUGGAGGAGGGCCUGGAUGAGAGCUGGUUUACAGACCAGAUGGAUCAUGAUGGAGUUCUUGUCAUACAGGAGAAACCCAAAAAACCUCGGAAGGUGCCAGAACAUGUAAUCCUUUCUGGAGGCAGAAACAACCGGUACUGGGUGUUGGACAUGGAGGAGACGCCUGGACACAAAACUCUGACGCUCACAUGCUCCAAGUCUCUACAUCCAACUGAGACGUGUCUGCUGAAGGAUGGAUGGGAGACGACGCCAGUUCGUCGAGGUGAUGUGGUGCAUCUGGAGGGCCACUCUGAAGGUGCAUCCUGGGUAGUGGACAGGGAGCAGGGCUUUCUGGUUCUACUACCUGACAGCCUCAUUUCUGGUACCAGCAUCUCGAGCUCCAUCCGCUGCAUGAGGCGUGCAGUACUGGGAGAUAUGUUCAAGAGUUUUGACGGUGGCUCCAAGCAAAUGUUGAACGGCACUAUGGUUCAUGAAGUCUUCCAGAGAGCUGCUACAGCUAAAGAUUUUUCUUUGGGGACAUUGUCUAAGCUGGCGGACCAGGCCCUGCAUAGUCCAGCGUACCUGGGGGACAUGUACAGUUUGGGUGUAAGCCAGGAGGAGAUGAAGCAGGAACUUCAUGAUUAUCUGCCCUCACUGGAACAUUGGGCAAAGGAAUACCUCAGCUCCACAACACCGAAAGCCAUCAGCCUCAAAAUCCCUAGUCACAGCAGAGCGCCGAGCAGGGGUCAGGACUCGGCCACUGUUGUCACGGUUACAGAGCUUGCAGACAUAGAAGAGAACGUGUGGUCACCGAGAUUUGGUCUGAAAGGGAAAAUCGAUGUGACGGCGCGUAUUCGAAUCCAAAGACCGCGAAACGGAAGUCACAGAACCCCGGAGGAGAAAACCAUCCCCCUGGAGCUGAAAACUGGAAAGGAGUCGAACUCUAUAGAGCAUCGUAGUCAGGUGAUUCUGUACACUCUGAUGAGCUUGGAGAGAUACAAUCCGGAAGCUGGCUUGUUGCUUUACCUCAAGACUGGCAACUUGCACCCUGUCGUGGCCAGCCACAUGGACCGCAGAGAGCUGCUGAAGCUGAGGAAUACCUUGGUUCAUUACAUUCACAACUGUGUGGAGAAAGAGGCAGAGCGGAGCCGUUUGUCUCGACUUCCUGACAUCCUGACCAACAGACAAACCUGCCAGUAUUGUCCUCAGAGCAGGAACUGUGCUUUAUAUGAAAGGGCUUUGGAUGGCGGCUCUGCGGACGUUUCUGAGGAUGUUGUGCGUGACUUCCUUCAGCAAGAAACGGGUCACCUGCGCCCACCUCACCUGAGCUAUUUUUCCCAUUGGAUGCUGCUCUGCUUCCUUGAGGCGUCCACCAUGGAGGCCAAGAACGGUCGAAAGCGCGUGUGGCUCCAGACGGCAGAGGAGAGUGAGAAGAACGGUAGCUGUGUGGGGAAUGUGCAGCUCAGUGGCCCAGUGAUGGUGCGGUCUGAAGGGGUUUUCCUCCAUCGCUUCCAGCGAAACAUCGCAGUGCCACAGAAGGGUUUGACCACCAGCGGUUUGGCCAGCGGUGAUCGCGUCGUCGUCAGUGACCAGGAAGGUCGCCUUGUUGGCUUGGCGACCGGUUAUCUGUGCGAGGUCAGCAGGACAUCGAUCAGCUGCACUCUGGACAGAGACCUGUCCAAGUUCAGCGGUGUGCUGUUUCGACUGGACGGUGAUGAAGGAGUGGUGGGCCUCAGCACUCACCUCACCAAUCUCUCCAGACUGAUGGAGAACUGUCUGGACAGUGAUCGUCUCAGGGAGCUGGUUGUUGAUCUUCGUCCUCCAGAGUUUAUUUUUAACCUCAGUUCUGUUUUGCCAAGAGAGGCCAAGGACACAGUGGCCAACAUCCUCAAAGGUCUCAACAAACCCCAGAAGCAGGCCAUGAAGAAGGUGUUGUUAUCUCUAGACUACACGCUGAUUGUUGGCAUGCCGGGCACAGGCAAAACUACAACCAUCUGCACCCUGGUUCGCAUCCUUCAUGCUUGUGGGUUCAGUGUGUUGCUGACCAGCUACACCCACUCUGCUGUUGACAACAUCCUGCUGAAGCUGAAACGUUUCCGGGUCGGGUUUCUCAGGCUUGGGCAGGGACAGAAGGUUCAUCCAGACAUCCUGCCUUACACAGAGGAAAGCAUGAGGAAGAAAGGAGUUCAUACGCUGUCAGAGUUGGAGCAACUUUACAACAAGGAGCUGGUUGUGGCAACCACCUGUAUGGGCAUCAAGCAUCCCAUUUUCACACGUCGCCGGUUUGAUUUCUGCAUCGUGGAUGAAGCUUCACAGAUCAGCCAGCCUAUCUGUAUGGGACCACUGUUCUAUGCCAAGAAAUUUGUUCUGGUUGGAGAUCACCAACAACUGCCACCAAUAGUACAAAACCAGGAAGCUAGGUCGCUUGGAAUGGAUGAAAGUCUAUUUAAGAGAUUGGAGCUCCACAGUGAAGCAGUGGUCCAACUCAAUGUACAGUACAGGAUGAAUAGGCAGAUAAUGUCUCUCAGUAACUCCCUGAUGUACGAGGGCCGGCUGGAGUGCGGAUCAGAGAGGACGGCCACAGCCCUGCUCAGCCUGCCAUUUUUGAUUUCUGUGCAGUCAGAGCUCAGUUCCUACUCCAGGACUGAACCCCAGCACGACUUGGCUUGGAUACAGGCCACAUUGUCGCCUAGCAACCCUGUUUGCUUCCUCGAUUGCUCAAUGGUGCCAGCUCUGGAGUCAGUGGAGCAGGGAGGAAUAAGCAAUCACACCGAGGCUGCUCUCAUUCACAAGCUGCUAUCACUGCUGAUAAAGGCAGGGUGCAAACCGAGUGAUAUAGGCGUUAUCGCUCCGUACAGACAGCAGCUGAAGAGUAUCUCUGCUCUGCUGCAGUCCUCCGCGUUCACCGGUGUCGAGGUGAAUACAGUGGACAGAUACCAGGGACGGGACAAAAGUCUCAUCAUCCUUUCUUUCGUCAGGAGCACGGCAGAGGAAGGAACCUUAGGAGAGCUGUUGAAGGAUUGGCGUCGCCUGAAUGUGGCCAUCACCCGGGCCAAACACAAGCUGCUGAUGGUGGGCUCAGUCACGACGCUCCGACGCUACGCGCCUGUGGAGAAACUACUCAACCAUCUCCAGCAAGAGAACAUGGUUAUCCAGCUCCCACCAGCUGCCCACAAGGCCUUACCGAGCAUUCCCCUGUGAUGGAAAGCUGAAGACAUGGAGGUGUUUGAAGUCACCUGUCAUCGUGCCAAGAGGACAGAAACUGACUGCUGAUCUGCACUGGAUGAUAUGUCAGGAGGCUCAGGAGUCACUGCAGUCCUGUCCAUCUUUGGCAAAAAUAAUUCUGCUGCAAGUAUCCCAGACAGUGACCGUCAGCAAGUGUUAAGCUCCACCUGCAAUUAAUUUAUGUCCUUCCUAAAGAGAAUUUGGUCGAGUGUUUUUGGAGAUUACACAAAUCAACACAUUAGGAUUGACACCUGUAGAUCUGCACCACUAUGGUUAAACACUGAAGGUUUUACAAUUGAAUAAUUUUACUUCUUCAUAAUUCAAAGCGCUUAGAAAAAGAGGUUACUUUUGAUGCAGAUGUUGAUCCAUUUAAAAUGCCUCUCAAUCAAAUGUAUCAACGGUUCAUGUCUGUGCUGUGAAACAAGGUACUGAGGGACUGAACAUCUAAAAGCUAGAAGAUGGUCGUCCCUAACCCCUAACCCUAACCCUAACCCUCGUUAAAAUGUGCAGAACUGACAAUGAUGGAUUAUGGUACUGAGCAUCCAACCUGAAUUCUGAGAGCUCACUAUUCAUCAACACAUAUUUCUGAUCGAAUACCUCAUUACACCAUAACAUUUUAGCCUCGAGAUUUCUUUCUUUGAUGAAUCCUUUAGACAGACAACAGAGAAUCAUUAGUAAUGUGAAUGUUGGGAGUUAUUUAUUGUUCAUGUCACUCAGCUGCAACAGUCAGAAAAGCUCUGAAAUUCAGUCUCAAAGAUGAAAAACUACAGGACACGAGUUCAAUCUGUUAAUAGACAAUACUGUCAUACUAUACACAAGUAAAAAAAACGGAAACAACAAACUGCUAUUUGAAUGAUUUGUUUCUCUUUGAAAACGUUGAGUUUUUGAGUUAAUUUCUUUGUGUACGAAGACAGACUGAUAAAGAAAGCUACCAGGUACAACUGUUGGAAAGCUUGGAAAGAAAUGAAUUCUCCUCAAACCAUUUCACCAACUCAAUGUGAAACUACUGAACUGCGAUGAUUUACCUGCUAACUUGAUGUGAUCAGAGCAUGUCAGAUAACAUCCAGGCCACCAGGCUGCUAACUGUGAUUUUACUUUUCAUCUGUUUUACUUGCAACACAACCUCUGAGUUUUUGUUCUGUAAUUUGUUUGAUUUUUACAUAUUUAAAAUUGUAAAUGUUUUU